AUGCCAUGUGAUCAAGAGAACAAACCUCAAUAUUCUUCUAAAAGUAUUUUAAUACCAACUAAUGGUUCUAAGGAAACAAAAGGACAAGAUGUAGCAAAUAAACCCCAAAAUGAAAACUCGGUUAAUAAAAAGGGGCGAAAACGAAAAGCCACCAGUGGACUGCCUUUUAGAAAAGUUAAAACUAAGCGCCAGCCGUCCGCACGUGAAAAGGAAGUUCGUGCGCACUCGCCUUUACUGAGAAAUGGCAGCUGUCCGCAACGGCAUCCGCGACAUAUUUGA